CUCACCACUUCCUCAUUAUCAUCCACAAAGGAAAAAACACAUAUACCCUUAUUGAUUUCCCUCUCACACACACACAUUCACUUUGAAAAGAUUACUGUUUCUUAAUCUGUGAUCAACUUAGCGAAAAUGAAGACGGCCGGUUCAAGCGUAGGGGGAACGAAGAGGAAGAUGUGGAGCCGAGGAGUAGGAGGAGUGGUUAGAGAGCAAAAGGCUAAGUUGUACAUCAUAAGGAGGUGUGUUGUCAUGCUUCUUUGUUGGCAUGACUAACGAAAACAAAAUAAUCAAAUCAUAAUCAACGAUUCAGCAUCAUUAUCGGCUGAAAGAAGAAGACUAACCAGUUUUUUUUUUGGGGGUGGAGGGGGUCUUAAUUAUAACUUGGGAAAAAGCUUAUAUGUAUUGGCUUUCUAUACGGAACUAUACAUGUAUUUUUGUAGUUUUGCAUCCCAAGUAAGAGCUUUUCCCAUGUAAAUUAGUAGCUAAUUAAUUCGAUAUUUUUUGUUAUUGUUUUUUUUGGUUGGGUUGGUUAAGUUCCUAUAUUUUCUGAGAUUUAGUUAUGACAUAAUUACCUUACAUCAAGGUACAAUUUUACAUUUACGGUUAUUUUUUUGUUAGUUGUUGAAUUUAAACUUUAGACGAUCAAAAAGUGUUAUGGUUUUGGUGACAUUCAACAAUAAGAACGAACUAAACCGGAGCUGGUUCAAUUAGCGUCUUGGUACAAGAUUAUAAGAAGGGGAUAACCGGGAUGGUUAUUGGAGUCGGCAUAUGAUUCAAGUGUACCGGUCUUCUUUAUAUAUAGAAGAAGAAAGGAGAAGUCAACAAUCGAGAGUUAGCUGAAUUGAGCUGAGAGAGAGAAGGUUGUUACAAAAUCAGAGAGAGGAAGAAGAUCAUUCUUGAGAGUAUUGUUCUUGUAUCAUCUCUUGAUCAUCUUCUUUGUAAAGACUAUUGGAGUGAUUAGUGAAACCUUUUG